UGAAGGACAAAGGCUUGUUUGAGAGAUAUUCUCUCAACGAUCAAUCGUCGAUCUGUGUGGGGCCGCGACGGUAAGAACAAAGGAUAUGUGGAAUGUAUGGCUUGGGGAGCGUCUUCACCCAAGGAUCGGUAGGGUUUGUCGAAGCCGAUGCAACGUCACUAUGCUUCUGGACACGAUCCAGAACGUAGCGAUGAUGAUGAUGAUGGACCAACUUGUUGUCAGCACCGGAAAUUGGGAAUCGAGGGUUUCCGAAAGCCCUUUGGAGCGAGUCGUGUGACUAUUGAGAGUCACAGCAGAUCCACCUUCUUCUUCUUCUUCUUCUUCUUCUUCUUCUUCUUCUUCUCGAGCAUUCAAUUCUGGAUCGAGUAUCAAGUACAGAUAAACUAUCCAACAGUGCAAAGCCAAGGAGGUCAUCGGAAUCAGACUACCGGACUUCCGAUCUGGGCCAGACCCACAAAUAACAUUCCAAGAUCCGAGGGGAGGUUUAAGACGGUGCCAGUCACUCACCACCGUGUAAACCUGUUGUCAAGGCGUGAGCCUGCUUCUUUGCUCAAUUGCACUGUGCUGCUUGCUUUGGAGUAUAUCGCUGCUAGCCAGUCACCUCUACCACGCACUCAGCGCCAACAAACCAAGCAGCCAACAAGCGAGUUUUUUGUCUAUUCCGCCUUUAUUUGGGUGGAUUAUCGGGAAACAUCGGAACAUCACCUCCUCCUUAAUAAAUGACGUCUUCCAAUACUAUUUAUUACCCGGAACAGAAGUGACUGCUGUCUCAGUUCAGGUGCUGAACAUUUUGGCACAUGGUACAGUAGUACAGUAG